AUGAAGCUAGAGCUUGCCCUGCCUGUUUUGGGGCUCCUGCUCUGUGCGGCUGACACCACGGCGCAGGAUAACCUAGAGUUCAGGGUGGUGAUCUCUAAGACCAAGGUGACUCUCACCUGCCCCGUUCCGCCAGACACAGAAUGGAAGAGAAAUGAGAAAUCGGUACCUGGUGCUGGUAAGGAACAGGACUAUGUGAUUGAGGAGUACGAGAGUUCCAAGCAUGACGGGGAGUAUACGUGUAUGUCCGGGACAGAGUCCCUCAAGCUUCUCCUGAAGGCCAAAGUGUGCAGGAGCUGUGAGGAGCUGGAAGUCUUGACAGUGGCUGGGGUCAUCAUCGCAGAUCUCCUCAUCACCCUCGGGGUGCUGAUCCUGGUCUAUUACUUCAGCAAGAACCGGAAGGGGCGAGUCGGUGGCAGCGCCGGAGUUCAUCCGAAAGGCCAGAAGAUGGUGCGCCCCCCGCCUGUGCCAAACCCAGACUAUGAGCCCAUCAGGAAGGGUCAGCGGGAUCUGUACGCCGGGCUGCAGUCCAGGGGCUUCUGAAUCGCCCUGCGGAUGGCAGGUUGGACAAGAGCAGCUAAGGGCCCCCAGCUUCUGUCCCAUGUGAUACAGAGUCUCGGCAGUCCGUGCUGGGCAGUCGCACAUUCUGGGGACCAGCCCAGCAGCUGCAAUGGGAGACGCUGCCCCUCCUUGGACACCCUCCUUCCUGCCUUUGAUUUGACCCCAGGGAACAGAC